CUUUCGCACGUGUGAGAGACACGAACCAAUGGAGCAGGUCAUCACUGCCACAGGUGUCACGCGUGCCAAAUGGCUGGUGUAAAAAGUAGGAGUUGGCCAGUUGGGGAGAAAAAGGCGAUGGGUGGCGUUAAUGCGCCAGUGCUCUUCUAUCUCAGUUUUCUGGUCAGUGUGGGGCCUACCUACUCUCUCCCAAGCAAGACAGCUAUUACUCUCACACUGCUUCUGGCCCCACCCCACUUUGAAGCUCAUUCAUGGCUUCUCUCUACUCUGUCUCUAUCUCUCAUAUCUUCCUGUUUUCACAAUGUCUCCUUUAUUUUCUCACAUCCGCCAAACCGUUCUCUGAGAAAUUCCAAGGCUGAUGCUUGCAAGCUGAGUUUCAGUCCUUCAUCUAUCCCUUUCUCUGCCUGUUUUUCCUCAGUUUCCCUCCACUUGGUUGUAGUCUUUUGUGAUGGUUUCUCUAUUUUGGGGUAAGGAAAUUGAAGGCAUGAAGGAAACGGUGUCUCUGAAGCUCACCGUCCAUAUAUUUAUGUUGUUCCUAUGUCUCCAUAUAUGUUGUGGCAGCACGUUAACUUAUCAUAAAGAUCCAGACUUGACGAUUAAACAAGAAGAUUCUAUGUUACCGAUGAUCUCUCCUACAGGGACUCCUCAGCCCUUUCUUCCCCUUCUGGCUCCUUCACCACUGGCACCGUUCACAAAUACCACUGUCCCAAAAUUAUCAGGACUCUGUACGCUAAACUUCAGUGUUGCUGAGAGUUUGAUGAGUGUGACCUCAGUUGAUUGUUGGUCGGUUUUUGCACCACUGCUCGCUAAUGUAAUUUGUUGCCCACAGUUGGAAGCCACUCUCACAAUUCUCAUUGGUCAAUCCAGUAAAGAGACCAAUGUUCUUGCUUUAAAUGGGACGGUUGCUAAACAUUGUCUAUCAGAUAUUGAGCAGAUUUUGGUGGCAUCAGCGAGAGGGCCUAUAAGUUCAGCACUGGAAGAUAUACUAACCAACCCUGAUCUCUCAUACUUCCAGCGCCUUGGGCAGGCUUCUUGGCGUGAAAUUAAGACCCUCUUCUACCUAGCAGCUCCGGCGGUGGGGAAUUACUUGCUCAGCAACAUCACUGCAGUAGCCACCCUCAUCUUCUGUGGCCGACUUGGCAAUCUUGAAUUCGCUGGUGCCUCUCUAGGGAACACUGGUGUCGCUGUCUUUGCUUACGGCCUCAUGCUUGGAAUGGGAAGUGCAGUGGAGACAUUGUGUGGCCAAGCAUUUGGAGCAAAUAAGAACGAAAUGCUGGGUGUAUAUUUACAGCGAGCAACAAUUCUUCUCACGGCAACAGCAAUCCCAGUGAUGUUCAUCUACAUCUUCUCCAAGCAAAUCUUGAUCGGACUAGGCGAAACGGAGAGCAUAGCAUCUGCAGGAGCACUCUUCGUCUAUGGCCUAAUUCCACAGCUCUUUGCCCUGGCUUUCAAUUUUCCCUUACAAAAAUUCUUACAAGCUCAGAGCAUAGUGUGGCCUAGCGCCUGCAUAUCUGGCGUUACAGUUGUGGUGCACUUAGUACUUAGUUGGGUGGUGGUGUACAAAUUGGGGUGGGGUUUGCUGGGUGCAUCUUUGGUUUUGAGCUUGUCCUGGUGGAUCAUGGUGGUGGCCCAGUUAAUGUACAUCUUGGUGAGCCCAAGGUGCAAAUAUACUUGGACUGGAUUUAGCUCACAGGCUUUUACUGGGCUCUGGGAGUUUCUGAAGUUAUCCACUGCAUCCGCAGUCAUGCUGUGCCUUGAGACUUGGUACUUUCAGAUUUUGGUUUUGAUCGCUGGGUUGCUCAAGAAUGCUGAGAUUGCCUUGGACGCACUCUCUGUUUGCAUGGCUGUAUCUGGAUGGGUGUUCAUGAUCUCUGUUGGGUUCAAUGCUGCAGCAAGUAUAAGGGUGAGCAAUGAGGUUGGUGCUGGGCAUCCAAAAUCAGCAUCAUUUGCAGUGGUGGUUGUAACUACAAGCUCCUUAAUCAUCUCCUUAAUCCUUGCCAUAAUCAUACUUGCACUCCGCCGUUACCUCAGCUAUAUAUUCACUGAGGGCUCCACUGUUUCUAAUGCCGUCGCUGAACUUUCUCCCUUCUUGGCUUGUACUCUUUUACUUAACGGCAUCCAACCUGUUUUGUCUGGGGUGGCUGUUGGGUGUGGAUGGCAAGCAAUCGUGGCAUGGAUUAACGUAGGAUGUUACUACAUCAUUGGUAUCCCACUGGGUUGUGUUCUUGGCUUCAAGCUUGACUUAGGAGCUAAGGGAAUAUGGUCGGGAAUGCUGGCGGGCACUUUUAUUCAAACUCUUAUACUCUGUUGGAUCACAUUCCGGACUGACUGGAAUAAAGAGAUUGCGAAAUCAAAGAUUCGUAUAGAUGAAUGGGAAGACAAGAAGGAGCCUCUUCUCAAUGAAUAGACCCAAGUUUAGGAAACUUGGGACAAAACUCUCGUUUAAAAUAUAAAAAAACUUUGUUUGUCGGAGGGGCAAUUGGCAUGCCUUGUCUUUUUAUAUAAUAUCUUCAGUGACACUGGGCUUUGGUUUUUCUUUUGUCACAUUAAUAUUGUAUGGGAAAUUCU